AAAAAUGGGAGCUUGUGUUUCACGUGAAUCAAUGAGAGGAGAUUCAGCAAAGGUUAUACUGUUCGACGGGACUUUACAAGAGUUCUCAUCUCCGGUCAAAGUUUGGCAGAUCUUGCAGAAAUAUCCAACGAGUUUCGUCUGUAACUCAGACGAAAUGGACUUCGACGACACCGUUUCAGCUGUCUCCGGCAACGAGGAGCUCCGAUCAGGACAGCUUUACUUCGUUUUACCUCUGACGUGGCUCAACCAUCCUCUGAGGGCGGAGGAAAUGGCAGCGUUGGCUGUUAAAGCGAGCUCGGCGUUGGCCAAGAGCGGUGGAGUCGGGUGGGUUUCCGGCGACAGAGAUGACUCUGUUUCCGGUAAAGUUAACCAACAGAAAAACACAACCGGAGUGAAGACAAAUGCCGGUGGUGGAAGAUGUUAUGGUGGCAAAGGGAAGAGGAGAUUUACAAGGAAUCUGAGUACCAUCGCUGAGUAGGAAUCCUAUUAGUCUCAUUUUGAGAGUCUCCGACGUAAAAAAAAAUUGUAAUUAGAGAUGUUUGACUUUUUUAUUAAUGGAGAAACCCAAAAUUAUCAAUUAGAUUUGGAUUUUUCGUUUUCUUUUUGUUGCUUUAUCAAUGAUAAUGCAACUUUCGGUAGAUUUAAUUGAUU